CAUGCUGGAGGCUUAGGGAACAGAGGCAGCAGCUGCAGCAGAGCAGCCGGGGACCAGGCAACCUUGUACAGAAGGGCUGGGAGCAAGCUGGGUGGAUGGGAUGGAAGCUGGACCUUCUACACCAGCCCCAAGUGGGUUUGUUCCACCAUUACAGCAAGUGUUCCAAGCUCCACGCCGUCCUGGGAUUGGCACAGUUGGGAAACCAAUAAAACUUCUUGCCAACUAUUUUGAAGUUGACAUUCCCAAGGUUGAUGUCUACCACUAUGAAGUGGACAUUAAGCCGGACAAAUGUCCCAGACGUGUCAACAGGGAAGUUGUCGAAUACAUGGUCCAACAUUUCAAGCCACAGAUAUUUGGAGACAGAAAACCAGUAUAUGAUGGAAAGAAGAACAUUUAUACAGUCACAGCCUUGCCUAUUGGUCAUGAACGGGUUGAUUUUGAGGUAACUAUACCUGGUGAAGGAAAGGAUAGGAUAUUUAAAGUGUCCAUUAAAUGGAUGGCAGUGGUGAGCUGGCGGAUGCUGCAUGAAGCUCUGGGAAGUGGGCGAAUUCAGCUUCCUCUUGAAUCUGUGCAGGCACUAGAUGUUGCGAUGAGGCACCUGGCAUCAAUGAGGUAUACUCCAGUAGGCCGCUCCUUUUUCUCCCCUCCUGAAGGUUACUAUCACCCGCUGGGGGGGGGGCGUGAGGUCUGGUUUGGGUUCCAUCAAUCUGUUCGCCCAGCCAUGUGGAACAUGAUGCUCAACAUUGAUGUGUCCGCUACUGCCUUCUACAAGGCUCAACCUGUCAUAGAAUUCAUGUGUGAGGUUUUAGAUAUUCGAAACAUUGAUGAGCAGCCAAAACCACUUACAGACUCACAAAGGGUGCGAUUCACUAAAGAGAUCAAGGGUUUAAAAGUUGAAGUCACACACUGUGGGCAGAUGAAAAGAAAAUACAGAGUUUGCAAUGUGACCCGUAGGCCUGCCAGUCACCAAACGUUCCCACUGCAGCUGGAAAGCGGUCAGACUGUUGAGUGCACAGUAGCCCAAUACUUUAAACAAAAAUACAAUUUACAGCUCAAAUAUCCUCAUCUUCCCUGCCUACAGGUGGGGCAAGAACAGAAGCACACUUAUCUACCUCUGGAGGUCUGUAACAUUGUGGCAGGCCAGAGAUGUAUAAAAAAGCUGACUGAUAACCAGACCUCCACUAUGAUCAAAGCAACUGCCAGGUCUGCCCCAGAUCGACAAGAAGAAAUCAGUAGGCUGAUGAAAAAUGCAAGUUACAAUUUGGAUCCGUACAUCCAGGAGUUUGGAAUCAAAGUUAAAGAUGACAUGACAGAGGUUACCGGAAGGGUGCUCCCAGCACCCAUAUUGCAGUAUGGAGGAAGAAACAGAGCUAUUGCAACACCAAACCAAGGUGUGUGGGACAUGAGAGGAAAGCAGUUUUACAACGGCAUUGAAAUAAAAGUUUGGGCCAUCGCUUGCUUUGCUCCACAGAAGCAGUGCAGAGAGGAAGUGCUAAAGAAUUUUACUGACCAACUGAGGAAGAUCUCAAAAGAUGCUGGGAUGCCCAUCCAGGGUCAGCCAUGCUUCUGUAAAUAUGCACAGGGUGCCGACAGCGUGGAGCCAAUGUUCAGACACCUCAAAAACACAUAUUCUGGCCUCCAGCUUAUAAUUGUUAUACUGCCAGGAAAAACACCAGUAUAUGCUGAAGUGAAGCGUGUUGGAGACACCCUUUUAGGCAUGGCCACGCAGUGUGUCCAGGUGAAAAAUGUUGUGAAGACCUCCCCCCAAACCCUAAGCAAUUUGUGCCUAAAGAUCAAUGUCAAAUUAGGUGGAAUCAACAAUAUAUUAGUGCCUCAUCAACGCUCUGCGGUCUUCCAGCAGCCAGUCAUUUUCCUUGGAGCAGACGUUACACACCCACCAGCUGGUGAUGGCAAGAAGCCCUCAAUCACAGCGGUUGUAGGUAGUAUGGAUGCUCAUCCAAGCAGGUACUGUGCAACAGUAAGGGUGCAGCGUCCUCGGCAGGAAAUCAUUGAGGACCUUUCAUACAUGGUGAGGGAACUUCUCAUCCAGUUUUACAAGUCCACUCGUUUUAAACCCACAAGGAUCAUCUUCUAUCGAGAUGGGGUGCCAGAAGGUCAGCUCCCUCAGAUUCUGCAUUAUGAGCUGCUGGCUAUCAGGGACGCGUGUAUUAAACUGGAGAAGGACUACCAACCUGGAAUCACUUACAUUGUUGUACAGAAGCGACAUCACACACGCUUGUUUUGUGCUGACCGUAGUGAGCGGAUUGGAAAAAGUGGUAACAUUCCUGCAGGGACAACCGUUGACACCAAUAUCACACAUCCAUUUGAGUUUGACUUUUAUCUGUGCAGUCAUGCGGGUAUCCAGGGCACUAGCCGUCCCUCACAUUACUAUGUUCUUUGGGAUGAUAAUAGAUUCACAGCCGAUGAGCUGCAGAUCCUCACGUACCAGCUAUGUCACACAUAUGUGCGCUGCACGCGAUCUGUAUCUAUACCGGCUCCUGCAUACUAUGCCCGACUAGUUGCGUUCAGAGCACGGUAUCAUCUAGUAGACAAGGAACAUGACAGUGGAGAAGGCAGCCACAUUUCCGGACAAAGCAACGGAAGAGAUCCACAGGCUUUAGCUAAGGCAGUUCAAGUUCACCAAGACACUUUGCGCACCAUGUAUUUUGCCUGAUGAUUUGUCACGUAGAUU